UUGAAAUUUCAGUUUAUCAUUAGUUAUUUGCUAGUAAUUGAUCUGAAUAGUUUCGCUCAUCAUGAUCGUUCGGAGAAAUCGUACUGUUCUAUUCUUUUGGAAUUCUAUAGAUAUUUUUAAGUUUUAACACAGAAAAAUAUCUUCAAUAGGGGAGAAGCCAAAAUUGGUGAAGGUAGAGGAAUCCAAACGUUUUAUGAUCGAUUGUUUUAAAGCAGUAAAUGUGCCACAAGGACAUGCAGAACAACAGGCUGAUUUAUUGGUGGCAGCCGAUUAUCGUGGUCACUUUAGUCAUGGCAUGAACCGUUUGGAAAUGUACCUCAACGAUUUGAGCAUUAACUCUACCGACGGUGCUGCUCUCCCCACCAUUCUUAAGGAAACUCCUUCAACGGCCUGGGUAGAUGGCAAAAAUGGUCUUGGUGCGGUUGUGGGCAAUUUUUGUAUGGAUUUGGCCAUUAAGAAGGCUAAACAAGUGGGCGUCGGUUGGGUUUGUGCGAAGAAUUCAAAUCAUUAUGGCAUGGCUAGCUGGUAUCCCAUGAGAGCCAUGAAAGAAGGUUUGGUUGGCAUGUCCAUGACUAACACUUCUCCCUUUAUGGCUCCUACCCGCUCCAAAGUGGCUGCUUUAGGUACAAAUCCCUUGUCCUUGGGUGUUCCCGCAAAAGAUGAUCAAUUUUUGCUUGAUAUGGCUACUACAGCUGUAGCUUUGGGUAAAGUUGAAAUCCAACGUCGUAAGGGUGAGUCGUUGCCCUAUGGUUGGGCCUUAGAUGGCAAUGGUAAUGAAACUAAUGACGCUGAUUUGGCCUUCCAAAGUGGCUGCUUAAUGCCUUUGGGUGGUGCAGAAAUCAACUCUGGUUACAAGGGUUAUGGUUUGGGAGCUUUAGUAGAUAUCUUAUCUGGUGUUAUGGCUGGUUCUAAUUACUCCACCAAAGUACGUAAAUGGACUCAUGCAGGUUCCAAUACUGUUGCUGAUUUGGGCCAAGUAUUCAUUGCUGUUGAUCCUAAUUGCUUUGCUCCCGAUUUCGAGGAAAGAAUGACCGACUUCAAUGCCCGUUUGCGUGGCUGCGAACCCACUGAUCCCGAAAAACCUGUUCUGGUUCAUGGUGAUAAGGAAUCUAUGACAAUGAAAGCUGUCGAUGACGCUGGUGGUAUUCAAUAUUUACCCAAUCAAUUACAAACUUGCGAAAGCUUAUCUCAACGUUUUAAUGUCAAACCUUUGAGUUUUGUUUAAUUUUCUAUUUAGAUCCCACCCGGACAUAAAUUUUAAAAUAAUUUGUUUAAGCUUAAUUUUAUGUCAUUUUUAGCAUUUAAAAAAUCGUAUUUAUACAUUUCUUUUAAAUUUUAUUAUUAUUUUUAUAAAUAAAGCUGAAUUUGCGCUGU